AUGGCUCAACUCGAACGCCCUCAGAGACAUGUCGAUUCUGCAAAAAGUCCUGGUUCCAUUCAAACCAUGGAACAACUUGUCCGAGCAGGAGAAGCUGCAAAGCCAAAGCUGUCACCAAGCAAAUCGUCGUCUUCCUCGGCCUGUUCUUCUCCGUCCUCUCCUUUCUUCCAAAGGAUGAUGCAUCUUGACUCAGAAGAAGACCAUGGCCAGAAUCAUAGUCAGAAGAAAUCAGUUAUCACCAAAGUAAAGGAAAAAGCCAAGAAGUUACGCCAUAGCCUCAGUAAGAAAAGACACGAGGACUGGAAUAUUAAUAGUCCCCCGUCGAGUGCUGGACAUGAAGGUGAUGGAGCAGAAGAAGAUGCUGAACACCAUGGAGCUACAUUGUAUGAAUCUGAGAUGGCACAUGAAGGACAUAAAGAAUAUACAAGGCAACAUUCAAGACUGACUCCAGUAACCCCACAGAAGCAUAUUCUGUCAAACGCUGAAAAGCUUGGAUUAGAACAUGCUAGAGAAAAGACGCUAAUCCGUUCGCUGUCAAAGAAAAUAACACAACCGGCUACAACAGCAACUACUGCACCGACACUUUCUGGUCCAAGCAAGAUAAUCACCAAAACCUCACCGGAGAAGAACCAGACACCAGCACAUGCUGAAGGAUCAGAAACAGCUCAAUAUAUAACUUCCAAAAUUCACGGCCUCUCAGUUUCCAAACCCGGAGAGAAUCACAAUUCAUCACCAACAGACGCAACAGCUAAUAAACAGGUAUCAUUGUCCCUUCUCACUUCACGUACUCCUCCAGCUAAGAUGCCUUCUCAAAUAGCUCCGAGCACCCCUCGAGCUUCAUCAAAUCCAGUGGAAACUUCACCACCUUCACCACCCGCAUCUGCUCCACCGAGUCCGAGCAAUAACACUCCCCCAUCACAGAUAUGGGAUAAGGGUGUUUCGGUGAAGGAAUACUUGAUGAACAAAUUUGAGCCAGGUGAAGAUGAGAAAGCUCUCUCCAGAGUGAUAUCUGAAGCAAUGAGUCCUAGAAGAACUCCCGGUGAUGUAGGUGUGAUUGAGAAGGUGAGAGAAGCUGUAACAUCUUUGCUCCGAACUGAGGAAGCAACAAAACAUGCAGACACAAACACAAACACAAACACUACUGCUCGCACGCCAUCCCAAGUCUCAGAAUCUACCAGCACCACCCAUGCACCAUCUCAAAUCUCUGUCUCAGCCUCUACCAGCACUACCCGUGCGCCAUCUCAAAUCCCUGUAUCUUUUAACUAUCAAGAAGAUGUUCACGAAGAAAACCAUGGCAGGGUUCUUCAGGAAAAUUGA